CUCCAAAAAAAACCAUCCAAUCCCCAUUAUAAUUUUCUCACACUUUCCUUCAUUUUGUUCUCCACCAAACACUAGCUUCAUCCAAAAUGAAAGAAGAAGGGAAACGGAGCAGAAAAAAAUGCCUGCUCUACGUGGCCGCCUUUGUUGUCUUCCAAACGGCCAUCAUCUUGGUCUUUGCACUCACCGUGAUGCGAGUCAAGAGUCCAAAACUCAGGUUCGGGUCAGCCACGGUAGCGAAUUUCAGCACCGGUGCCAACAAGUUACCAUCUUUUGACUUGGUUACCCAGGUGACAGUAAAGAACACCAACUUCGGGCACUUCAAGUACGAAAACAAUUCCCUCACCAUCCUGUACAGUGGCGUUCCUGUUGGGGAGGCAGCCAUCAUGAAAGGAAGAGCAAGGGCGAGGCAGACCAAGAAAUUCGACAUUGUGUUCUCGGUCAGUUUCAGCAGUUUAUCCACCAACCCCAACUUCAGUAACGACGUUAAUUCUGGGGUUUUGAUGCUGAGCAGCCAGGGGAAGCUGAGUGGGAAGGUGCAAUUGAUGAAGGUGAUUAAGAAAAAGAAGUCUGCUGAAAUGAGUUGCACCAUGGCAAUCAAUCUGACUACUCGGGCCGUGCAGGAUUUGAAGUGCAAAUGACAUGUAUUGUUUAGGAUUUUAUUCUAUUCUAUGGAUUGUUGCUCUGUUUUUGUUUAGGAAUUAUUUGUAUUCUAUUUCUAUGUAUUAUUGCUCUGUUUUUCUUUGCGUAUAAUAAAUAUACAUGUUG